AUGCAACUGACUUUUAUAUUUGGAUUAAUCGAAAUAACAGUGGCAGGUCAGUUAUGUAUGAACUGCAGAGACUUAAACAGCCCCCACGAAUGCUACUUGGUGACCAGAUGUGGUAAUCACCAGCAAUGCUACAUUGAAAAGUAUGUUAGACACAACGCCAUUUAUUAUGACUUGGGAUGUAAAAGUAAUGUUGUCUGUAGCAGCAUAGGUGGGCCUCAAACAUCAAUAGUUGGAAGAAGGAAGGUUAUGUUAAAGGAAGGUGCUCCCGAUUCGUUUGAAGUUGAUUUUGAUGAGGAUGACGACGGUAAAUUUCCUGUUUGUGAAUCUUGCUGUAACACUACUGCUUGCAACAAUGGAGGCUCUUGUGGAGUUGCAGGUUUUUAA